AAUUUUUACAGUAAAUGCUGAUCUGUCAGGAUUUUUAUGCUGCAGGGUUCAGGGUUAAGGCUCAGGUGUUAGUCCUGAACAGGUUUCAUUUCUGGUGGGUUUGAAGGAAGCUGGGACAUCUGGACACAGGUGGACACAGGUGGACACAGGUGGACCGGCGGGUUCUGCAGGGCCCCUGGGUUCGGGUAGUCGGUUCUCUUUGACCGUUAGAAAAGAACCAGGAGGUUCGGGACUCCACCGGUUCGACGAAAACAGCGCCACCCUGCAGUUACUGUCCGCUCAGUGGUCACAGCAGGUACUGCAGCUGCAGCGCCGCUCCGCACGGCCGCUCACUGCGCACGCGCAAUGAGAUGAAUGGCCGCUGCACCUGUCAGUCCACCAGGAUGUGUGGCGGACAAAUCCUCGGCCGUUAAUCCAAGCUCGGUUCGGUCAUCGGAGGAGGCUCCCACCGUGGCAUGCUGAGCGGACCGGAGCGCUCCGUCUGACCGUCCGGACCCAGCCUCCCCCGGGGCCGCCCGCCUCCUCACCCCGCCUGCAGAGCCUCAGACCCCCGCUGCUGCCGAGCUGAGGCUGCGUGAAGCUCCGUGAAGCUCCGGGCGCGUCCAUCCUGACUGCAAUGGGAUGCUGCGGGAGCGCGGAGCGGACAAAGAGAGAAUGGAGACCGCUGGAGGACCGGAGCUGCACCGACCUGCCCUGGUUCCUGCUCUUCACCGUCUUCUGCGUCGGCAUGGGCAGCAUCUGUGGCUUCACCAUCGCCACUGGCGGCGCCGCUCGCCUCGUCUUCGGCUAUGACAGCUACGGCAACACCUGCGGCCGGCGUAACGAGCGGAUCGAAGGCGUGCAGCUGAGCGGGCUGGACCACACCGACAGGAAGUUCGUCUUCUUCCUGGAUCCCUGCAACAUCGACAUCGUCCAGAGGAAAAUCAAGUCCAUGGCUCUGUGUGUGUCCCUGUGCCCCCCCGAGGAGCUGAAGACCCACCAGGACCUGAAGAGGUUCGCCAUGACAAAUGGUUCGGAGCUUUGCUCCUAUGAGUUGCCGGCUCAUCGUUACCCGGCGCUACCGGAGCGACUCGCCAGGUGUCCCAAGCUUCCCGUCCCCCGCAGCAAGCCGCUGCCGCUCUUCAACCGCUGCACGCCAGUGGACAUGUCGUGCUACGCCAGGUUCGCCGAGGCGGUGGUGACCUUCGUGGGUGACAGCAGCGUCCUGCAUCGCCUCAUCGCCGGCGUCGCCGCCAGCAAAGAGAUUAUCGUCGGACUCUGUGUCCUCGCCUUAGCGCUGUCCAUGGUCCUCAUGGUGAUCAUCCGCUACAUCUCGGCCGUGCUGGUCUGGAUCCUUACCUCGCUAGUGGUGCUGGGCUCCCUGGCGGGGACCAGCGUCCUCUGGUGGCUCUACAUCGACCACCGUCUGUAUGCCAACGACACGUCCUCCAAGGACCCCAAGGAGGCCAAACAGGAGGCACCGGAGGGGCAGCGUGACGGCGGCCAGGCGCUGCUGGUCUACGCCGCCGCCGCCACCAUCUUCACCGUCAUCCUGCUGCUGCUGAUGCUCUUCAUGCGGAAGCGCGUGGCGCUCACCAUCGCUCUGUUCCACGUCGCAGGAAAAGUCUUCAUCCACCUGCCGCUGCUCACCCUGCAGCCCUUCAUCACCUUCCUCGCCCUGCUCCUCUUCUGGGUCUACUGGAUCCUGGUGCUGCUCUUCCUGGGAACCACCGGGAACCCGGAGCAGAACGAGGAGACGGGCUUGACGGAGUUCCGGCUGACGGGCUCGCUGCAGUACCUCACCUGGUACCACGCCGUGGGUCUGGUCUGGAUCAGCGAGUUCAUCCUGGCAUGCCAGCAGAUGACUGUCGCUGGCGCCGUUGUCACCUACUACUUCACCAGGGAUAAGAACCGGCUGCCGGUGACGCCCAUCCUGUCGUCGGUUCUGAGGCUGGUCCGGUACCACCUAGGAACCGUUGCUAAGGGGUCCUUCAUCAUCACGCUAGUGAAGAUCCCCCGCCUCGUCCUGAUGUACGUCCACAACCAGUUGAAAGGACGGGAGAACGUGUGCGCCCGCUGCCUGCUGAAGUCCUGCAUCUGCUGCCUGUGGUGUUUGGAGAAGUGCCUCAACUACUUGAACCAGAAUGCAUACGCAGCCACUGCCAUCAACAGUACCAGUUUCUGCACGUCGGCCCGGGACGCCUUCGUCAUCCUGGUAGAGAACGCGCUGCGGGUCGCCACCAUCAACGCCGUGGGAGACUUUGUGCUCUUCCUGGGGAAGGUUCUGAUCAUGACGUGCACGGCAUUCGCCGGCGUCCUGCUCCUCAACUACCAGCGGGACUACGCCGAGUGGCUGCUGCCGCUCAUCAUCGUCUGCCUCUUCGCCUUCCUGGUGGCCCACUGCUUCCUGUCCAUCUUCGAGAUCGUGGUGGACGUCCUGUUCCUGUGCUUCGCCAUCGACACCAAGUACAACGAUGGCACCCCUGGGAAGGAGUUCUUCAUGGACAAAGCUCUGAUGGAGUUCGUGGAGAGCAGUCGGCGGCUGGAGCGCGCGGGCGGACGUGGGCGGAGCCGGGUGAAAGAGGCGGCGUCGGAGGGGGCAGAGAUGAAGCCCAUGGCUCCAGGGACGAGUUCGGCUUGACCAAACUGGGACUUGUUGCAGAGACAUUCCAGAAGUUUAUUUUUAGUGUAACAUGUUUACUAUGGUUUCACUCCAGGGAAAACGAUGAUAUUUUAAUACGAAACUGGAAACAACGUAACAACGUAACCAAGCACUUUAUCUGGAAGCGGCUGAUGCAUUUUUUCGUAGUGAUGUCCGUUUUUAUAAAACUCAGAUCCUAACGCCGUCCGGACUCUUCGCUAACCUCUCUGCUCUGUGGGCGGAGCCGGCCCACAUGGAAGGGGCGGGGCCUGCGGACAGGUGGAGCAGCAGCCGAUUAUGCCCUCAGAGAGUGGAGUCGGGGCUGCUGCGUGCUGUUGCCAUGGAAACCACGUCCCGGGGCGGGGUGAGGUCAUGUGACCGGCGAGGACGCCGUCGCUUCACCGUGGUGGGCAGAGCUUCCUGCAGCCGCGGCGGCAGCAAUAACACCGGAACCACCAGUCUUCCUGCUUCUCUUCAUCCGCUGCCCGACCUGACCCGACCCUCUUCUGGUUCUGGACCGGUGGGCCCGACCCGGUUCUAGACCCACCCAGUGUGACCCGCCCAGUGCGACCCGAUUCUGGUUCUGUUAGACGUUGUCAGACUGUUUGUAGCGUCGAUUUGUAACGGCCUGAAUCUCUUUCAGAAAUACUUUGACCUUCGACCCGAGUCCUAGCACCCAGCUGGCUCGGCCUCUUACUGGGAGCAAACCAGUCCACCAGACGGAACUCAGAGCGGUUCUGGCGUCGGUUCUUUGGACCUUUACUCCAUCAGAGGCGCUCCGAGUCGGUCCGGUUCCCUCUGGAGGCGGAGCCUGGUCAAGCCCCGCCUCUGAGGCCUUUUCCCAUCAUGCACCUCAGCAGGGAGCCUGCAGGGGGAGCCGCUGAGCCGCUAAUUGCACUAAAGAUGGAGUUCCUGCAGCGCCGGCCGGACGGAGUUCGUAGAUCAGAUUCACCUGAACGCAUCGUGACCGCUGUUGCCGGGCAGAUUAGCUUCAGGAGCUGAGCAGUUUCACUCCAACACCAACAGGAACGGGUCGGUACCGGCCCGGGUCGGUACCGACCGGUUUCUUCCCAUGAAGAACCACGCAGAGGCCAGCAUCAUUUCAAAAUAAAACAGGAAGUCAUCAUGACAGGGUUUCUACACUUUCGGUUUCUACACAAUAAAAGUCAGAAAAAUGUUUGAGUUUCUACACUUUUAUCUAAAAUAUAAUAAAAUAAAUAUUUAAUAUUUAGUUUUUAGUGGUUUUGGUUUUUAUUGCUGUUCUAAUCUGGACCAGCGGUUCUGAUCCGGGUCGCCUAUAGAGACCACAUAGUCUGUUAAAUCUGCUCUUCUAUUAAUAAAACAAUUCAAACAUGAAAACCUGAUUCCCUUCCUGGUCUGAGGAGCUGCUAAUAAAACCAACAUGGAAACAUUUUGAAACGGAAAGCAGGAGGAACCCAGUCAUGAUCAGAACAUCAGGGUUCAGGAAGGAACCGGUUCUGAUCCAAAAACCAGAAAAAAGGCCACACAACGUUUCUGUUGGAGGAAAACUCUUCAGCCUCCAUCCGACCAAUCACAGCACAGGCUCCGCCCACUGAAGAUGAGCGAGGCUCAGAGAGGUUCCGGUUCUGGAGUCAAACAUCCAAAGAACUAACUGUUCUGCCUGGAAACCAUCCGAACCGAACCGGACCGACUAGGUCCCGGUGUGCUGAUGGGUCCGGAUUGGUUCGGACCACCUGGAUCUGACCGGCAGCCUGGAGUCCAGGUGCAGCUUCCGGUUUCUGUUCGGAGUUCCGGACCGGAACGUCUCCGAGCCUCGCCGCCAUUUUUUAUCAGACUGUUUGUAGCUGAAGCAGCUGAAUCGCGUCCUGCAGCCAGUUGCCCCACAAUCAGGUUGCCAUUUGUAAAGUUGCUGCAAAAAAAAGAACAGCAAUGAUUUGGUUUGGUGUGUUCAGCCUGUCAAAGAGAACGUGUCGGUUUCACCAUGUCAUUCAGUUAGUUUCUUGGUUGAUUCUUCAAUGUUUUUCACCAAAUAUUGAUUCAUUAUCAUCUGAAUUGUUUUCUGAACCAGCAGGAUGUUGAUCCAGAAACUGAGAGGAAAAGAAUGGAUGAUGGAGAAAAACGACUUGGGUGACAAAAACCCAGCCUUUAUUUUGAUAUGUCACUUCCUCUUAAUGGCAAGCCAAUUUGCAUAUUAACUAAUAUUUCUCUAUGAGCAAAAGAAACAGGAAUAAAAUGAUAAACUAAUGACAAAAAAAUAAAUUAUCAUAGAAGCUAAACAGCAUCAUGUAAAAUGGAUUUUUUGAGCUUUGAAUCUUGUUAUGCUCCAUCAUCAGAAACAUUCCUGGAUUCUUUCAUGGAUGUUUGGGAAAUACGUUAAUCUCCAUGGCAACCAUUCAGCUGCAAAAGCGCCUGGUUGGACCUAGCCCCGCCUUCGAGGCACAGCUCCUCCUCUGAACUGCAGGUUCACUCAGCUCUAAAUUUAGUGAGCUAGCUAAGUAGUUAGCUUGCUAACCAAAUAUUUAGCUUGAGCUAGAUGGCAAGUUAAAUAUUUAGCUUGUGAAUUAAAUAUUCAAUAUGAAUCUGACAUUUAUAAAAACAGGAACAUGAUGAAAAUAUGACUGAAAAAUGAACCACAUUGAUUUGUUUAUGACAAGACGAAGCAAAUUAUUGCUGUUAAUUUUCUUACUGUAACUUCACAAACGGCACUCUAAGCCCAGCAGCCUGGUUGCUCAGCAACCUGGUUGCCCAGCAGCAGCCUGGUUGACCUGGUUGCAGGUUGACUCCAGGUGUGAUUAUUUUUCUGGUUUGUAACUGAAGAACUUCUUGCUUUUGUUUCUCUGUUGGUUUUUAUAUCAUUUCUUAUGUCUCUUUGUUUUAUAAGAAAAUAAUUAAAAUCAGAAUUUCAGA